GUGGCGCUUGUGUUGUUCUGUUGUGACUGUUGUAUUUUGUUUGAAAAAACGUCGUCUUGACGACAGGUAUACUGACUUUUAUGAAUUAUUACAGUGUUGAUUUUAAUAUGAAUUUAUUAAAUUAUGGAUGAGAGUCAAAAAGAUUUGUCGCAGUCGUCAGAAUUCAAGAAUGUCCUUCCGGAUGUCGUUCAUUCACAGCAAAUCCCCACGCUAGAAACACUAGAAGACGUCGAUGUAAACGAGACGACGAAUGCGACGCAAGAAGAGAAAAACGCCCAAGAUGCUGAGGAUGUCAGUGGGACUGAGUCGAUAUCGGAACACAUACCUUUUAAAGUGGAAUACUCAAUUACUGAGUCGGAACCUGGCCAAUCAGAAUCUCAUAACUUACUUAAAAUAGAAUCGAAUAGUGCAAACAUAUCAAAACAUAAUUCUUUAAGCAUUCCUUUAUCAAACCAGGAGAUUGAAGUGAGCCCUAAUCAGCUAGAAAUUAGCCAACAAAGUUCUUGGAAUUUAGAUGUUAACCAAUCUGAUAUUCAUAUAAGUGAAGAAAGCCCAGUGGUACUGGCUCUCUCCUCUGAUACCUCUAAGGAUGUACAAAAAAGUAAAUCUCUAUUAUCAGAUAAACAUGAAACACCCGAGGAAUCUCCAAGAAGUGAGUAUAUUGAUUCUCUGAAUGACAAUUCUAAUAACAAGUCAAUUGAAAGUACAAAUGACAAUAAUUCUAGGGAAAAAUGUAAUUUAUCUAUUGAUAACGAACCUCAAUCACUAGGACACUGUAGCUCUGGAUCGGAAGAGAUAAUAAAGUUAGAUAUAAGGGGUCAAGCUGCCCCGAGAUUUCCUUUACAAGCUGCUAAAAUAAUUUUUGGACCACCACCUGAUGGUAGUACAAUUAUUGGCCCAAAUCUGGAGCCAUUACCCAUGUUUCACAACUUAUUGUCUCCCUGUCUAGUUGUUGCAAAUGAUGGGGUUAAAGUUGAAGAAGUUUUUGAAGAUAAACCAUCAUCGCCCAAGAAAGAAGCUUUGGAAUUAUCUUUGACACCUUCGGCAAGCUCUGCAAGUGACAAAAUAGAGCAGGAUGUUUUGGUUGAAGAAUUAACAGUUGAAGAUGAGGUGAAAGAACAGGUUAAAGAUGGGACAGGGACAGUACCACCAAAAUCUUUUGCUCCGGAUGACACAAUGUCUUUUAGUACAUUGAGCACAGAUUAUAAGACGAUUUGCGAAGAAUAUCACAUAAAGCUUGUGCACUUGGAAGAGGCUAUAACCCACCGCGACCAACUAAUCGAAGAACUAACGGUCUCGUUGCAGCGAUCACUUCGCGAGCGAGACGACCUCAAACACGACAAUGAGCACCUCACGAACGAAGUACAAAACUUACAACAUCUCGCAGCCGAGCGAUCGCAUUCUGAUCAUGACACUAUAAAAGCCCAGUUAUCCGACUUCAUGAAGUACCAAAAUAUGUUAAAAGACGACAGUACGAAAUUUUACUCAGCUCUCAUGAGUGGAACGGCGUCACUUCAAAGCUCCAACGGUGAGAAAGAUAUGGACCGAGAGGAGAUCACAGUGAACUACUCGAAAUCCGAUUUGCGGUCGUCGGGAUCGUCGGAAGAAUUUCCAACGGGCUUCGAGAAUAAACUGACGUCGUUGUUGAAUAAGUUUGAAGGAUAUAUAGAAGAGAAUUUGAGGAACAAAUUACGCGAGAGUCUGAUUCAAGUGCUCUGUGACGAAAUCGGUAAAAUGAGGGUUGAAUACGAUACAGAUGUUAAAGAGGUAGAGACGCAAAUCAAAAGAGACAAGCUGGCUUACACGAUUGAGACCCGUAAACUGAGGGAGCUGUUGGCUUCGGUGAAAGCGGGUAACGUAGACAUCGACGAAUUGCGACUGGAACUAAAUAUUAAACACGAAAAAGAAAUGGAAAACCUGAGGACGUAUUUCGAAAAGAAGUGCUCGGAUAUGGAACGGAGCUACUCGGAGGAGGUGUGGCGCGACCGCGCGUGCGCGUCGUGCGCGAGCUCGCCCGAGCCCGCCGCCCCCGCCGCCGGCGACGCCGCGCGCCCGCCCGCGCCGCAGACAUCGACUCCCGUAGAUAACACAUUGAAACAGGCGAACAAGAAGCUGGAAAAACAGUUGGAAGACAUUAAAGCUGAACAUAUCACAUAUAUAAAUGAGCUGCACGCGAGACAUAAGGAAACAAUUGCUUCACUGGAAGAACAGAUAACAGAAUUAAAAGCGCACAUACAGACAGCGGAAAAUACGGAGGGGAACGUUCCGCUUUACCAACAGGACAUCGACCUUGAACUGGAGAAGGCGGCGGCGCGGCGCGACGAGCGCGUGCGGCGCGGCGUGCUGCGGGACAUGCAGGACCAGCUGCAGGUAUUGCUGUCCGACCCCGAUGCGGAGCUGUCAAGUUGGCCGCUAGAGCUGGUGGCGCUGCGCGACCGCAUAUACGCAGAGAAGCCUCAGGAUAACGAGUUAUCGAGUGUCCGCGACGAGCUGUCGCCCGGCGAGGCGGACAAGCGGAGGCAAAGGCGAAACAACAGCUUUGAUCAGAAUAGACAGCUAGAAGAGGUCACUAAGGAAAGGGACGGUCUGAAACGCGUAGCCGUGACGCUGCAGCGCGCUGUCACGCAGCUGGUCGCGUACUGCGCCAGCGCAGAGGACGAGCUCAACAAGACUGUGCUGGCGCAUCUGCUAGGACAACUCUCCGUUCAGGACCAAACAUUGGAUCUAGAUUCUCGUCCGUCAACUCCGAACUUAACGGACUUGAACUCGAGUCUCGUGUCACGUACUAAGCACGUGCACUUCGCGCCGGACUUGGACUCCAUUCUUGUGUCUCUGGAUGAGGAGGGUGUCGUCGGUUUCUUACAACAGCAGAGGGAUCUCAGUGCGGAUAUUAAGAGGGAACUCGAACACUCUCUGAAGAGGUUGAGGGAUGAGGCGCACGAGCUACUCGAGCUGUCUGCUCGAUGCGCUACUGGCAGAGUUCGUCAAGAAUCAAACAUGCUGGAGUCAAGCGCGGUACAGAUCACGGAGCUCGUGCAAGAGAUGGAUAACAAUACGAAAACAUGCGACAACUGCGAGCUGCAGAAAAAGGUCCUGGAGGAGGCGCUGUCGGAGGGCUGCGAGCGCGAGGCCGCCCUGCGCACCGACCUCGAGAGCGCCGCCAUGAGGCUCGCGCAGCUGCUGGCCGAGCGCGGCCCGUCCGACGUGAUCGCCGAGGGGUACGGCACGGGCGCGGGCACGCUGGCGGCGUGCGCGGGCGCGUGCCGCUCGCUGGACGACGCCAGCUCGCCGCGCUCGCAGCUGGCGCGCGCGGCGCACGACCUGGACCUGGCGCUGCGCGAGCGGGACGACCUGCAGCAGCAGCUGGAGGCGGCCAACCGGCAGCUGCGCGCCACGCGGCAGUUCGUGGAGGAGCAGGCGGGCGAGCGCGAGGCCGAGCGCGACGAGUUCGCGGCGCGGCUGCGCGCGCUGCGCGACGACAACCAGCGCCUCAGCGCGCGCCUGCUGGCCGGCGCGCGCGUGCUGGCCGAGAUCCGCUGUUUGCGCCUUCCGCAAUGCAACUGCCGAGAGCACAAUGCACAUGUGGAACAGCUAGAAGCUCAAGCGCGCGACAUGAAUCAAAUGAUUACGGAUCUGGAGACGCGGAAAGCGGAGGCCGACGAGAGAGUCAAGGCGACCGAAGAGAAGAUUUCGCUCCUACGGGACAUCAUCGCCAACCUCGAGGGCCAGCUCGAGCAGAAGACGACGCACGAGGCCGAGGUGCUCGAGCAGCUCGAGCGGAUGCGCCGCACCAUCGACGACAGGGACGACAACGUGCGAGCGCUGCUCCGCGAGCUCGACGAGCUGCGCAGCGAGCGCCGCGAGAGCACGCCGCCCCUCUGCGAGCGCUGCGGGCGCGACCAGGAGCAGUACGCCGACCUGCUCGAGAAGGUCAAGGAGCAGGCGCGCCUGCUGGAGGAGCGGCUGGCGCACCGCGCGCGGCGCCUGGAGCGCGCGUACGAGCGCGGCGGCGCGGGCGGCGCGGGGGGCGCGGGCGGCGAGGGCGCGUCCGAGGACGUGUCGCUGCGCGAGCGGCUGGCGUCGCCGUGCAGCAGCCCCAGCCCGCGCGGCGGCGGCGCGGCGGAGCUGUGCGGCGCGUGGGAGCGCCUGCAGGCCGUGGUGCGCGCGGAGGACGCGGCGCUCAAGCGCAUCGCCGACCUGGAGAUGCAGCGCGCGCAGCUGGCCGACGUGGCGCAGGAGGUGCGCGCGGAGCGAGACGUGCUGCAGUCGCGCAUGUCGGAGCAGGCGCUGCGCAUCUCGUCGCUGUCGGCGCGCCUGCAGCAGCAGCGCAACGACGCAGAGGCGCUGGCGCACACCGCCGCCAGCGACCUGUCCGUGCAGCUGCACGACGCGCACGCCGAGGUUCAACGGUUAAAGGAAGAAUUGGAGUCAAAAGACAAACAGCUGAUGCGAUUAAAACAAAAUUCAGGGGAGAGAGAGAAGUUUGUUGACCAACAACAAUCGCUCUACGGAAAUUCAUGUAACCCAAAUGAUAAAGUUGUUAUAUUAGAGAGGGAACUGUUAAAUGCUCAGUCCAAAAUCGCGCAACUCGAAGGUGUCGUGACAAGUCUGGAGAUGGAUAAAGACAAGCUGAAGUCUACAGUCAAAGAGUACGAAAGAGCACUGGCCGAAAAAGAGGACCAGUUCAACGACAUUAUGGCGCUCAAACUCGAAGAUGAACAGAACCAGAAUCAAAGGAGCGAAAUCAUAGAAGCUAAGACAUCAGCUCGCACGCUGAGCGACAUUGUCUCCAUAUCGGAGUUCGACGAGCAAGACCUACAGAUGCGGCGCGCGGAACUCAAAGCUCACAAUCUGAGUUUACACGGAAUUGAGUGCAAAGAUAAAACAAAUCUGAAUAGGACAUUACCGCCCGAAGUUCAACGACCUUAUAUGAGUUCACUAAAUGCGGACUAUGUUGAUCAUUUUGAUGCAACAAAUUUCACACCACGCGCAGAUUCGCUCCCAAUACAUCUAACAUCGACUCAAAUGAAAGAUGCCUACAAAAGAAAUGCUAAUGAGACUACCUUAUUCGGUAUGAUCGAUAAAUUGGGUGAUAGUGUUAAACAUUCUACUGCACAAAACAUACCCGACAAUUGCUCGAUGUAUCCAAACAGAGAUAUAAGUGACAGUAAAAACAUCAGCGUCGAACCAAAAAAGAUCAACUUUUCCUUGGAGACUUCCGAUAACAAAAUGCAAGAAGAUGUAUUCACAUCUCUACGAGAGCUAGGCAUUACGUUAGAUGUCAAGCAAGAGAAUUUCCCAGAUAUACUAACGCAAUUAAAGCAUGAAAUAAAAAAAUCAAGACGUGAAUUGGAAGCUUGCAAGUCUGAUUUGAAAAAUGCUGAAGAACAGCUAUGUGAGUUUCCUGCCUUGAAGGAAGAAGUAGAAGAAUUAAAAGGUCUUUUAGAAAACACAAUGGCGACUAUGGAGAACGAUAAAAAAUUCUACGAAAACCAACUAGAGAAUUUCUCUUCAAAUAAGAAACUUCUCGAGCAAAGACUUGCGGAACUAACACAAGAAGCCGGUGAAAAAGCAAAUGAUCUGCAUUUAUUAAAGGAGGACAUAUUACGAAGAGAGAAUAUGAUUCUCGAGCUCGCAAAAGAGAAAAGGAAUCUUACAAACAAAAUAACAGACUUAGAAACAAAAAUAACUGAGCUCCAGACCAAGAACGCGGACAUAGACAAAUAUGAAACUGAAAACAAACAAUUGCGCGAAAAAAUAAAUGAGUUACAGAAAUUGGAACAAUUAGUUUCCGAAAAGAAUCAACAGAUAGAUAGUCUAAAUCAGCACCUGGACCGUAUGGACGACUUGCAGAGAUGCCUCAACGAUAAGAAAGAAGAAAUGGAGAACAUAAAGGAAGCAUUGGAAGAGAAAUCUAAUGAACUAUUCCAACUGCAGGAUUCAGUCAAAAGCUUGAACAGCGACAUCGCUAAAGUAAUAGAAGAGAACGACCAACUCAGUUACGAUAAUAAAGACCUCAAAUUAAAAUUAAGCAAACUCGAAAAAGAACAAGAGAACGCUUCGAUGAAACUACAGAAUAGUGAGACUGAGUUGCAAAGGGUGAACUCUCUAAACAACGACCUAACAUCGAGAAUAGAAGAAUUAAAAUUACUGAAUGACAAACUCAAAGACAAGGAAACUGAAAUAGAAAUUCUCCACGAAGAUAUAAAUUCGUAUCACAACGAAAUAGCCUCAUUGAAGGAGCAACUUAAGAUGGUAUCCCGGAGUCCCUCGCCGGGGACCAAGAGCGAGGAGAAGAAAUCGCCGGAUAGACAAGCGAGUAGCGACAAAAAGCAGCUGGUGAAGAUAAAGAAGCAGAUUACGUUACUGCAGCAUGAACUAGACUUCCAUAAGAAGGAACUAAAUGACAAGGCCUUCGAACUAGCAAAAGCGAAAUUGGACUUAACAGAGGCAAGGACGAACAUGAGUCAAGUCACGAAGCAACUGUCGGACGAACACACGGAGAACACGGAGCUGCAGCGUCGCUCUCACGCCUUGCAGCAGCAGCUGGAACAGCUCACCGCGGAGAAGCAGCAGCUCAGUCAGCAGCUCGAGGUGGUCAUAGCUAGAUUGCGCGAGGAAUCUGACGUAAGCGAAUUGAAAGAGAAGCUGCGGGAGAAGGCAGAGAGGUGUCAGCAACUCGAAGCGGAGCUCGGGAACAUGCGAGACGUUUUUGACAGGAGCCGGCGGGCGCGCUCGCCCACGGCGGAGCUGGAGCGCGCGCUGCGCGACCAACUCGACUACUCGCGCGCGCUGGACGAGCGCCUCGUGGACCAGAUACUAUCUGCGAGCAGCGAUGAGCGCGAGGACGUCCCCCGACUCGCUUUAAACACUUCCAAUUGCUCAACGAGUUCGAUCCAGUCGUCGUCAUCGGAGCGCCUGCACAGGCUGCGCAAUGAAAACGAGAAGCUGGAGAUGCAAGUCAACAACUUGCAGUGCCGCCUGCAGGACAAGGACGCGCUCAUCGCCGAACUCAACAGGGUGCGCGACAAGCUGUCGCAGGAGAGCCAGUCGGCGCAGCUGCGCCUGGAGGCCGAGCGGGACAACUCCGCGCGCCUCGCGCUCCUGCUCGACGCGCAGAAGGACACGGCCGACACGCUGCACAACCAAGACUCGAGCAUGAUCGAGAUGCUUAAGCGGCGAUUGGAGGGCGCGAUGAAAUCCGAGCUAGAGGUACAGGAGAGAGAGCAGGAACUGCUGCAACGCCUGCACCGACUAGAGCGCGCUCAGCCGCCAGCGGAGCCCUCCGACCAGCUAAAACAGGACGAGGAGCGGGCGUCGCGGCUGCGGGGCGAGGUGUCCCUGCUGCGCAGCCAGCUGUCGCUGGAGCGGCGCCGCAACGACGAGCUGCAGAGCGCCGCCGCCGCCGCGCGUGCGCACGCGCAGCGCGACCGCGAGGCCGCCGCGCGCGCCGCCGCCGACGCGCACGCGCGCCUCGCCGAGCUGCGCAGAUUGAAACACGAAACCGGUGUGGAGUUGGUGCGGACGAAGGAGAUCCUCCACUCGCAGACCGCGACCGUUGCGCAAUUGGAGAAGAAACUGGCUGCGGUGACCAAACACCGCAGUGUGAAUACGUUUACGGAAAUCGAAAACGAAAAGAGUGAACUAGCGCGUGAGAUGGCAACGCUCCGUCGCUGUCUCACCGAGGACAGCCCCGAGCUGCUGCAGCUGCGAGCUGACAAGCAACGCCUGCAGGAGCAGCUUGCGCAGCUCAGGGACGAGCUGGACGCCAGGAACAACCUCACCGGCGACGAGAAGGAGCAGGCCAUCCGGUACUUGCACGGUCGGUGGAUUCGCCUGGAGAGCUGUCGCAAGGCGCUGGUGUGGCAGAAGCGCUAUCUGCAACGCGUGGUGGCGGGCUACGCCGAGCUGGAGCGUCGUCUGCGUCUGCCGCCCACGCCCUCGCCGCAUAGUCGCGGCCUGCGCCGGUUCAAAUGCGCGGUGUGGGCGGUGGUGGCGGCGCGGCGCAUGGCGUUCCUGGUGCGGCGGCGCGAGCACACGCGCGCGCUGGCGGCGGGCGCGCUGCUGCGGGCGCCCGACGCGCACAAGCCCGGCACGCCGGUCUCGUCGACGCCGUGCCGCGAGUCAGCGGGCGGCAGUGCGCGGCGCUCGCUGCUGCGCGUGCGCCCGCUGAAGCCGUCGUGCUCGCCCGCAGUGCCCGAGUCGUUACAACGCUUGCAGUUCGGUGUCAACUCGCCGCACGACGAGCAUCUCGUUUUAAGUUCCCCGCGUGGAGAUGCCUCUUAUCAACACAAGCUGGGCGCCGUCAGCCGCCGGCUCGCCUGCGCAGCUCGGGACACGACGCGGGACACGCCCUGACCCCGCCGGCCGUCCCGCGCGCACGCCCCGCGGGACCCGCCCUGACCCGCCGCGUCCCGCGCGCGCGCUCACUCACUGAGUCGUGACGUGUGACGCGCUGCGCACUCCGGUGCUUCGUGGGACUCGCUGCACGAACGGGACACGCCGAGUAGAAGUAGGGAUACGAGUAACGCUGUGCUGGCUAUGAACGAGUGGUGCAGAGUCAAUGCUGAGUGCACUUUUAAACGUUCUCUGAGCAUAAAUAUUUAUUUAAAUAUUUGAAACGAGUCCUGAUAUAACAAGUAAUGCACAAAUAGCACUUAAAAACUUUUUCGUUUGUGUAGUUUGUAUGAAGCAUGAAGCAAACUUUCAAACAACGCAUUUUUAAGAUCAAGAAAGUGACUUUUUGAAAAUAACUAAUUCACUACAGAGAUAUACAAAUUAUAUUUAUUUGAUAAUAAUUUAUGAUACGUGUCACGCCUUUCGGUGCUCAUUCAGAGGCUCACAUUGUGCUCGCAUGCGGGCACUUAACUUCCCAAUGCAUUUCCUCCAGUUAAACUAAGAUAGAAUAGUGCCAAAUUGAGAAUCAAUUAGUUUUAUGUAUUGUGUUACUUAAUUUAUUUAUUACUUUUAGACUCGGUAGGAUUGUACGUGUCGGGGACGCAAAUUGUUGUUACCACUCCGCCUAUUGUCUGUUUUGUUGUAGAGUGGGAUAUGAAAGAAUUGUCUAGAACCUCACGUCCAAUAAUGCCUUAGUAAAUAUACUGUUUUAUAAUCUGUGAAUAAAAAAAUAAUAUUUUUUUAGAUUAUUAAGAAGGCAUAUUGAUAUAAAGCUUAUUUUGUGUUAAUUGUUAUCAAAUCCAACCGUUUCCAAAUGUUUUAAAGCAAUAGCGGGUUUUUAGACUGCUAGUUUAAAAAGUUUUAUUUCAAUAUUCCUUCACAACUGACAAAUAUAUUUAUUCAAAACUCUGUACACGUUGAUACAUACCUCGAAGAGAGCACAAAACCUUGCCAUAUUGUCUUAUUUAAGUUCGUAUGUUUGUUUGUAAAUGUUUAUAUAUAUAUAUUGUAGGCACGACAGUACAAGCUAGGAUUAGGAUUAGGAUUAAGACGAGACGAGACGGCGACCGAACAUUCUCGAACGUUCCACGACAUUCGGGGCCAUUCGAUUGCAAACUUAGGUUACAUUUUAGGGAGAGACGAAUUAUUUACGGUUUUUUUUUUAAAUAUAUUUUAAGCUUUUAUUUUAUGUUUUCUAAAUGGCUCCGAUUUUUUUUUAUAUUUUAAGCAGGACUUUAUUUUAGAUUUAUAUUUUGUAAAACGAUUGUUAUUAUUAACGAUUUCAUAAAUAUCAUGUACAGAAUAUAUCAAAAGUUUAGCAAAUCAAGAAUAAGUAUUAUCUUCAAUUUAAAAAAAUAAAUUGAUCAAAAUCAAAUCAAAAAGAAUUAAAAUAAAUUCGUUAAUAGUAGCAAACGUUAUAUUUUACGACGAUAGACAAUACUUUGUAAGCCAAAGGUAACGAAAGUAUUACGAACGCUGUGUUGCGAUUAAUUCCAUUUUAUUCGACAAUUCAUUUGUGUUGACUUUAGAAUUGAUUUGACAUUAGUUAACUCUUCCACCGCCCCCAUCAUCUACACUCAUGCGACCAAAGAUUCGUAUAAGCUAGAUUUAGUUUAGUUCAAAAUUAUUUCUAAGUUAAUUUUAACUUGAAGCACAUCGUUAUGUAAUCGUUCGAUAAUUUAGUCGCUCAACGGGCUUGAUAGAAUAAUAUCUUGUUGAUUGCAUGUAAAUUAUACAUUAAUAUUUCUGUUUAAGAAAUAAUUACGAUUAUGAUAAUCGAAUAUGGGCCAGCCGGUACUGAAAAUUUUUCGAUAUAUAUAUUCGUAGUAUAAAAGACUCUUCUAAAAACCACCGGCCCCGAGCGACUCAGGUAUCGGCCGACUGCAACCGACGUGCGCUCUAAGUAAGUGAAACACAUCAUCCCAUCGAUCUACUGUAUUCACGAUCAAAUUUCAUCACAUUGUUUCUAGUCACGAACAUUGAAAACACUGGUGCCAUAUUGCUCUCUAUGUGAAAUGAAAACAGACAAAAAGUUCUAAAGUUGAGAUGAUAAAUAAAAUAAUGAUUAUUUUCUA